ACCUCCUCCUGUGAUUGGCUGAUGUGUUUAUUCGUGCGCUGCUGAAGGUGAAGCAUUAGUCAGUUCUGUGUCUCAGUCCGAAAUGUCAUCCAGUGGACUUUUAACCAUGCACGCUCAAAUCUGUAAACGUCUGGCUCACAAGUAUCUGUCAAGAACCUACACAUCUCAUCCUUCCCUCAAUGAAGUCGUCAUUGUCAGCGCAGUCCGCACUCCGAUGGGAUCCUUCAAAGGCAGCCUAGCUUCAGUUCCAGCCACCAAACUGGGCUCUAUUGCCAUCAAGGGGGCCAUUGACAAAGCAGGAAUUGCUCCGGAAGAAGUGAAGGAAGUCUACAUGGGCAAUGUGCUUCAGGCUGGCGAAGGACAGGCCCCCACACGACAGGCCUUGCUCGGAGCAGGACUGACCCUCAGCACACCAGCAACAACCAUCAACAAAGUCUGUGCAUCUGGAAUGAAGUCCAUCAUGAUGGCAGCUCAGAGUCUAAUGUGUGGACACCAGGAUGUGAUGGUGGCAGGAGGCAUGGAGAGCAUGUCCAAUGUACCUUAUGUGAUGGCAAGAGAGACCCCAUCCUACGGAGGAGUGAGGAUGGAAGACCUCAUUGUGAAGGACGGACUCACUGAUGUCUACAACAAAUUCCACAUGGGUAACUGUGCAGAAAACACAGCCAAGAACUGCAAAAUCAGCAGAGAGGAGCAGGAUGCGUACGCCAUCAACUCUUAUAGCUGCAGCAGAGCAGCGCACGAGGCUGGUGUGCUGGCAAAGGAGAUAAUACCUGUUACUAUUACCCAGAAAGGCAAACCUGAUGUGGUGGUGUCUGAGGAUGAGGAGUGGAGACGGGUCGACUUCAGCAAAGUCCCCAAACUGAGAGCUGUGUUCCAGAAAGAGAACGGCACGGUGACAGCAGCCAAUGCCAGCACACUGAACGACGGCGCUGCAGCUCUUGUUUUAAUGACAGCAGAUGCAGCAAAAAGACUCAAUGUGACUCCACUGGCCAGGGUUGUUUCUUUUGCCGAUGCUGCAGUUGCACCCAUCGACUUCCCCAUUGCUCCUGCAUUUGCUGUACCAAAGGUGCUGGAUGCAGCGGGGCUGAAGAAGGAUGAUAUUGCCAUGUGGGAGAUCAAUGAGGCCUUUAGCGUGGUUGUGCUGGCUAACAUCAAGAUGCUGAACAUCGACCCAGCAAAAGUCAACGUUAACGGGGGAGCUGUGUCACUGGGACACCCCAUUGGGAUGUCUGGUGCAAGAAUUGUGGGUCACAUGGUGCACAACCUGAAGUCUGGUCAGUACGGGCUGGCGGGCAUCUGCAAUGGAGGCGGUGGAGCUUCUUCUAUUCUGAUCCAGAAGCUGUAAGAAGACUUGGCAAGAAGCUUCUGUUCCUUUAAGAGUGUUGAACUGUGCAGUGACUGUCUGCUGGUUCCAAAGGACUCUCACAUCUAUAAGCUCCUGUUAAUUGUGAAGAAAGAAUCUGUUACGUUAAUGUCAGCGGCCUUAGCAAACAGCAACACGGGACUCCUGUGAUGUCGUGACUCCAGUGUACAAAACACUCCUCUUGUUUGAGAACACGUCUUGUGCAAAAAAUAGAAUAAUGUUUAACUCUGGUUAAAUAAAUAGUUUUUUGAAAGCA